AUGGAUUUGAGUUCUGCUCAGCGCUCAGUAUUGGAGCUUCUCGGAGCCGUAUCUUCUGAGGACCUUCCUGCGCUUCUAGACUGGAUGCGCACUACGCGAGAUUUUGAUGAAUUCAUUCACAAUAAUAAUGAUAUUAUAUUGAAAAACAUUGCAGAAGAUCUUCGGAAUUGCUUACCCCUAGAAACCAUGCUUCCCUCGGAGCAAAUAGCCAUUCAAAAAAUAAAGCAGCACCCGGAGCCUGUAAUUCACAUUGAUGCAUUUCUUUAUGAUGAUGACUUUAUUGAUUACUUAUGUGAUAAUGGAAAAAUGAGUAGAAACUACUGCAUGGUUUGUGGGUCACACCAGACUACACCUUUAGGAUUUAUUUCUCAUUCCUUCUCCCCUUUGGAAUUGAAGUUCAUUUAUCAACAUGUGCUCCCAGAUCUGUCUGGAAAGGUCUUGGUUGAUGUUGGUUCCAGACUUGGCCCAGUCCUUUUUGUGGGUUAUCUUUAUAGUUCAGCAUUGCAGCUACAUGGAGUGGAAAUGAAUCAAGAUUUUUGCCAGCUGCAAGAAAUGAUCAUUGCAAAAUACAAAUUCACUGAUAGGAUAAAGGUGCAUCAUGCAAAUAUAUGUACUCAAGCCUCACUUCUUCAAAAUGCUGAUGUUGUUAUAAUGAACAAUGUCUUUGAAUAUUUUCUUGACAGAUCAGAACAGGCCAGAGCCUGGGAAUAUAUCAGUCAUAAUGUGAAGAAAAAAGGAACCUUAUUAGUAACAGUCCCUAGUCUUAAAGAAUCUCUCUCAAAUCUACAGGUGGCUAUACCUCUGAAUGAGUGGGUUGAAGAAGUACAGUUGAACUAUGGUAUAUAUACAGAAAAAGACAUUGAUAAAGAAGCACUUGAACAAAUUCAUUUGUAUAAGAUCCUUUAGAAUUAAGAUUGAUUUACUUUUUUUUUUAAUGUGUGACAAUAAAAAUAUGUAUUAGUAAUUUGA